CUCAACAUCCACCACCGCCGCUAGGGCCUACUACGGAGUAGUACUACAGUCCACGGGUCGCCGACAUCCGCCCCGUCAUCCUCUAUCCGCCCAUUCCAACGAACAACUUUGAGAUCAAGCCAUGUUGGAUUCAACUAAUUACAUCCUCUAUCCAGUUCCAUGUCUUGAAGGAUGAGGAGGCGAGGGUGCAUCUUUCCCGGUUCUUGCAACUAACAAAUGGAUUCAAGAUGAAUGGUGUACCCGAUGAUGCGAUCCGUCUCCACCUUUUUGCCCAUUCUCUGGCGGGGCAUGCGAAGAGGUGGUUAGAGACCCAGCCCCCACUAUCCAUCACAUCGUGGGAUGACUUGGCCGACAAAUUUGUGCACAGGUAUUAUCCGGCCUCGAAGACCACGGAGAUUCAGCGGGAGAUCACUCAUUUCCGCCAGGAGCCAGAUGAGGCCCUACGUGAUGUCUGGGAGCGGUACUCGGGAUUCUUCUGGCAAUUGCCCCAUCACGGCUUUAGUGAUGCAUUCACAGUGGGGAAUUUCUACAACACUCUGACCCUAGAAAGCCAGAGGGUGAUCGAGUCUCUAUGCACAAAAGGGGAUAUUCUCACCAAGACUCCACCCGAGCUAAAUCAGAUGAUCAGCACUCUGGCUGCCAGGGAUCACUCUUGGGGGCAGAGCACCAGAAGUAGGAGUUCCCGGGACCAAGGAGUGCACGCCAUGGAGGCCAAGUCCGGGCUAGAGCAGGAGGUGGCUGAGUUGGUGCAGACAUUGAAGCAGCCCAAUAGUCUUAUUCCGGGCAAAGGACUGGUCGGGCCUCCAGUUGCUCAAUGUCAGUGGUGUGUGAGCUCGAACCAUCUGGUGGAAGACUGCCAGACUAUGCGAGAGUCUUCUACACCUCAGGAGCAGUUGGACUUCAUCGCCAAUGCUCGGCGCCUUGAUCCUUACAGUGGUACAUAUAAUGAAGGGUGGCGCCAGCAUCCCAACUUCUCCUUGAAUAAUAGCAACACCACUAAACCAUCUGGUUGGGUGGAUGGGUUGUCCAUGCCUCCCGAUGAGGAUGAGGAAGAUAAUGAUGAGGACGAGGAAGAUGAGGACUACACCGGUGCAGAUGAGGAUGAUGAUGAUGAUGGCGGAGCCAUGGAUUCUGAUAGACCAUUGAUUGCACAUGUUUUUACCUCCAUUCUUGAGCCGUUUGAGAGUUGAUUCUUGUGUUUUAAGCUGAUUUCACGCUAGGUUGUGUGCUUAUGUCAUAUUUCAGGGCUUGGCGUUGACGUGAAGGCAAGGAAACGAGUUUCGGGUCAAAAGGAGGACGUUUGAGUUAAAAGGCGAUGGAAGAGCAAAAUACCCGACCAUGAGUAAUAAUACCGGCCGGAUAAACCGCUAAGAGAGGCCGGGGAAAAUCAAUUUUGGACGCCGAAAACAGGAUGGGUUCCGGCCAGACAGCUCAAAUACCCGAUCGGGUAUUCUGGACCUCGAUCGGGUGUUAACCCUUUACCGCAGCGCUGUGUUUCAAAAUCCCCGGCCGGGCACCUGAAAUACCCGACCGGGUAUUAUGGCCGGGGAUCACGAACAGCUGGGUGUUAAGGGAAAGAAGGCCAAUUUUGCAAGGGUUUCGGGUUAUAGAGAGACAAAGCUGAUGCCUAGAGAGAGAAAGUGAUGAACAUGAUUCUCCAAGCGUCCUAUAUCGAUCUCCAUCACCAUUUCGGCUUGAGCUUGGAGAAGUGCUGAUUGAUUGCCAGAAGCAGAAUCCCAUCCUUCACAUUAUGGUUUCCGCAUCUGAGCUUGAUUUCCCAUCUCUCUCUUUGGAGUAACUUUCUCAUUCACCUGGGUAUGAAGAACCCUAGAUUUGUAUGUUAGGUAUGAUUGUAUGAACCCAAGUAUGAAUCCAGUGAUAUGAUUAUAUUCAAUUGAGGUUUGAUUUCUUGAAUGACAUGAAUCCUGAUCAAAUUCCUGUUAUUUCUACUUUGACCUAGAAAGAGAAUAUAUGCCUAGGUUAUAGAGCACCCUUGAUUGAAGGUAGCGAAUUGACGACUUUGGUAGAGGAGGUUUGGUUCGUUAGGGCCUCAAUCUGUUACUCCGGUGGAGGUUAGUCGCCCGCUGGGGACUUAGAUUGAGAGGGUCUGGAGACCUUUAGUCGAGGCUGCAGACUGUUUAAGAACCUCCCAUAGUAUAACUAUCAUUGAACUUGAACUUGGUAAAUUACAACCUGGCUUAACUGCAGUCUAGGGGGAACCAUAUCCGGGUGACCUCUCUCAACUUGAACACAACUUUCACUGCUUUGCUUGCUAGUUUAACUAAAUCUUCACUACACUUGAACCGCUAGAUAACAAGACUUUCACGGAGUAGUCAUCACACCUAGGACUCGCGUUGACAUUUAUAACUGAACCCGCUAUACUACGCAUUAGUAUGUGGUUGCACUUGGCCACUUUCUAGUGUGACGGUAGAGGCGUGUCAAUGCAACUCUUCCGGAUAACCCUUGUAUACACCAUUUUCAAUGGUGCAAUUAUCACCAUCAUCGUUAGCGUUGAUUUUUUUCAACCCGAAGGAGGAGCAAUCACAAAUGCCCAUCUUCCCUCGAUGCCCUAAGAAUCUCAGGUCGAUUGAUUCUCACCUUCGUCAGCUCCAACCGCCCGUCCUUCCUCAAAGGACGGAGAAAGAAGUUUGGCUGCCCAUUCUUGUUCAGCGAUGAGAUAGGCUGUGGAAACUUAUUCACCUUCCUUGCCGCCCUUUGUCUUCCUCUCUGUAAUCCUUUCCCUCCAUCUCAUGCUCGCAUCUACAAUUUUUCUACUGCUCCGUGUUGCCAUCGAAUAACCAUUAGAACUAAGAUUAUUUUUGUUAUUUCUAUCAUCAUCGUCGAUGCACUGAUCAUUGAAGCUCUCAAACCCGAGGCUCUCGGUGCAGGAGGUCAAUCCAUCGACAAAUCGGCCUCCUCUAUCAUCGAGUUGUUCUAUGAAUGUAAUGUCAAUGAUCGAACUCAGCGGCAGUGUCGUGGUCAGAAUUUCUAUUAGUGUGGGUCCGAUGCAAUAAAAAAAAUUAUAUAGCAUAAAAUUUAUUAAUGUUU